UAGUGACCAAAUAAAACAAUGUCUCAGCAACGAGUAAUGCCACAGAGUAAGGAGAACCUGCUACAGGCCUACAACAAAACCCUCAAAGAUGACAUCCGAUCCAUUCUGGACAACUUUACGGAAAUUAUAAAGACUGCCAGGAUUGAAGAGGAGACCCAAGUUUCCAGAGCAACGCAAAGUGAGCAAGAUCAUUAUGAGAUGAACGUGAGAGCUGCAAACAUUGUUAGAGCUGGUGAGUCCUUGAUGAAACUGGUAUCGGACCUAAAACAGUUCCUCAUCCUGAAUGACUUCCCUUCAGUGAAUGAAGCAAUAAACCAGCGGAACCAGCAACUGCGUAGCCUGCAGGAAGACUGCGACAAGAAGCUCAUCUCCCUGCGAGAUGAGAUAGCGAUUGACCUUUAUGAACUAGAAGAAGAGUAUUACUCAUCCAGCUGUAGUCUGCGGGACAGAAAUGAUCUACCAUUGUGCGAAGCAUAUUGGAGACAAGACAUGGCUUCACCAGAAGGGUUAUCGGCAACUCCUGCAAUCAGAGCAUCGGACAGCAGCUGUAGUGCACCUCAAAGUCCCACAGCGUCACAGCAGCAUGUGAAGGAGCAUGCAACUGGAGGAGUAGAACUUUCUUGAAAGGAGAAGAAACCGAGUAGUCAGGACCUAAUCUUAACAGUACUCACAAUGUAGUUAACAAGGUCUGACAAAACCAAGAUGGUGUUUCUGCUUUCCUUGCAGAGUUGCAGAGCAAGCACUAAAUGGAUGGGUCCUAUAUGGAGAGGAUAAGGAGCAGCGUUAGAACUAACAUGAGCAAAUGAAUUGUGUUGUCAUUUCCUCAACUAGGAUGUGUUAACCUUUCUGAGUUUAGAGUGAAUUAGCACUGAUUGAUGUAGGUAGUGGAAGUAAAUGUAGUGCUUUCAUAGUAUAUAUUUUUGUGACCUGUUAAGUUGUAGUCUCUCAUACCUGUCAACUGUGGUAAGAAAAUGGAAAUUGGAUGUUAUGCACUGUAAUGCAAUCUCCUGCCUGUCUUCACAUCUCACCUGCCUCCGAGUGUUUUCAUGGAAGUUGCUAGAGAGACUACUGCAUUAUAGAAAUACAUACUGACCUGUUUUUUUUUGUUUUUUUUUUCGUUUCAUCGAAUUCAUAGCAAUUUAGUGUGUGUAGUGCUGGGUGCCUUUUUACUCCACCACAGACUGUUCACAUACUGUAUUUAUGAAUAAUUGAAGAAAGUCUGAAGUUAGGUGUCAGAAAAAAAUAAAGAUGGCACCAGAGAGUAAAUCUGUUGAAAGCUUAGGAUUUUUGCCACCGUAGGAGGGAAGAGCUUUGUUGUGCUGUUUGGAUUUAGUUUGUUUGUUUGCUGUCUUAAAACGGCUAUCUUUUCAUGUAAGCAUGCUGUCUUGCGAGUAUACAGUGAGACACAGUGGAAAAAGUUUAUUGAUUUAAAAACUAACAUGUAGUAUCCAUUUUAUGGUACCCGAUGUAUAGGUGUCAUGGAUGCAGAAGGGCUAGGGGUUACCCUUGUGAUCAGUCUGCAUAAGGCAGAGAACGAGUCUUGGCAAGAUGCCAUUCCAUCACAGGACCAGUUUAAUACACUUUUUCCGUAAAGUACAGUUGUUGAUGUACAUGUGGGUCCUUUAUGAAGCACUGAAACUUGUUCCAUCAACAUUGUGUUUGAUCAUACUAUUAAAUUGUAUUGUAUGUGUACCCUCCUAGCUCUGACACUAGUGAAAUAUUUCUGCUUAAUACCAGGGAAGGUUGUAUUAACUUGUCAGACACUGAAAAAUGUACCAGUUAAAAUUUUAUGUAGGUUUUCCUUACUUUAUUUUCCUACUUUAUAAAAGACAUUAUCUGUUGCAAAUGGAAAGGUUUCGCUUGUAACUUACUUGCAGAGUUUUUUCCAUACACUUGAAGUAAGUGUGACUUUGUGUCCAGACCUCCUCCUGUAUCUAUUGUAUAUAAAGUUUAUAGGAAUCAUUCUGUCAGGGCAGCUGAUUUUUCUCUCUGACAAGCAUUAAGUUACUGCGCUACUAAUCCAGUCUUUGGAAGAGGAUGAGGGAGGGCAGCUGGUAUGUAUUCAGCAAGAGAAACAAAUUACUUCAGGCAAAUUGACACAAGCUGCAGCAAAGCAGUAUACACUAUCCUGGAAAGAACAAAUGUAUUAACUAAUGCGACACGCACUACCCCCGAAAGAACAAAUGUUAAGUAAUAUGACAUAGAAUACUUCUGAAGGAACAAACGUGUUGAUAAGUAAUGUGACAUGCACUACUCCAGAAGGAUCAAAUGUUAAGUAAUAUGACAUACAGUACUUCUGAAGGAACAAACGUGUUAAUAAGUAAUGUGAUAUGCACUACUCCUAGAAAGAACAAAUAUUAAGUAAUAUGACAUACAGUACUUCUGAAGGAACAAACGUGUUAAUAAGUAAUGUGACAUGCACUACUCUAGAAAGAACAAAUGUUAAGUAAUAUGACAUACAGUACUUCUGAAGGAACAAACGUGUUAAGUAAUGUGACAUGCACUACUCUAGAAAGAACAAAUGUUAUGUAAUAUGACAUACAGUACUUCUGAAGGAACAAACGUGUUGAUAAGUAAUGUGACAUGCACUACCCCUGAAAGAACAAAUGUUAAGUAAUGAGAUACAGUACUUCUGAAGGAACAAACGUGUUGAUAAGUAAUGUGACAUGCACUACUCCAGAAAGAACAAUUAAGUAAUGACAUGCAGUACUUCUGAAGGAACAAACGUGUUAAGUAAUGUGACAUGCACUACUCUAGAAAGAACAAAUGUUAAGUAAUGAGAUACAGUACUUCUGAAGGAACAAACGUGUUAAGUAAUGUAACAUGCACUAUGCCUGAAAGAACAAAUGUUAAGUAAUAUGACAUGCAGUACUUCUGAAGGAACAAACAUGUUAAGUAAUGUGACAUGCACUACUCCAGAAAGAACAAUUAAGUAAUGACAUACAGUACUUCUGAAGGAACAAACGUGUUAAGUAAUGUGACAUGCACUACUCCAGAAAGAACAAAUGUGUUGACAAGUAGUGCAAAGUGUAUUACCCCAGAAGGAGUAAUUGCAUUGAUUAAGAUACAGAUUUACUCUAGUUAUUGUGGGUCUGAUAUCUAAGAAAAUAAAUGUCAUCUCUGCUGUAAA